UUAUUGGUCUUGGAAUUCAACCAUCCGAUGUAUUUGUUUUCCUGUGUCUACUCCCUUAAGUCUGCAGGCACUGUCUAGUAAUUUUAUAGUUUUCAGUGGCACCCCAGGGGACAGGACACCUUGGCCUUUUUAUAAUCACUCUAGAGUCCCAAAGCAGAAAGGAAAAAAGUUAACGAUCAGCUAUGCAAAGGCUUGUGGGGAUUGCUCAAAGACAGCCGAUUUUCACUUUACCGGAGUUACUAAAGGACUUCAGGAGAAGGAUCCCGUCCCUGCAGGAGCGUUUGUGGUUGAAGAAGCAGGCGAGCGAGCGCUCAGGUGCGCCUCGGCAGCUUGACUGGGGUCCGCAAGCCCGGUGCGACUUAUUAGCUGCUUGCCGCCUACUGACACUCUGGCGGAGAACUGGAGGAGGCGCCCAGUGGGCUCUGGGUUCGGCCCGGAGCAGGGCGUUUCAGAGGAGCCGGUUUGGGGUUUCCCAACUCAGGCGAUCAGGAUAGGCAACAGCCAAGAGAGGCGCUCAGUUGCUUUGCACCCUCCUCCCACCUCGGUUCUGUCCACACCCACGGGCGCCCCGCCCCCUUGGCCUUAUAGAGGGGACUCGGCACCUCGGCGCGCCUCGGAGCCAGAGGUUUCCCGGAGAGGAAGGCGCGGCUGCCUCCGGGGCCAGUGAGCCCUGGCGCCGCCGCGGCCGCGGUCCCAGUAGCGGCAUAGGGCGGCGGCUGCGCCCCGCACCAUGGAAGGCAGCCCAGCCACAGCCGCGGUAGCCGCCGACCUCCGCCGCCGCCCGCGCCGCGUCUGCCCCCUCCCGCUGCGGCUCUCUGGACGCUAUCCCCUCCUCACCUCGAAGCCAACAUGAAGGAGACCCGGGGCUACGGAGGGGGUGCCCCCUUCUGCACCCGCCUCAAUCACUCCUACACAGGCAUGUGGGCGCCCGAGCGUUCCGCCGAGGCGCGGGGCAACCUCACGCGCCCUCCAGGAUCCGGCGAGGAUUGCGGAUCGGUGUCGGUAGCCUUCCCGAUCACCAUGCUGCUCACCGGUUUCGUGGGCAACGCACUGGCCAUGCUGCUAGUGUCGCGCAGCUACCGGCGCCGGGAGAGCAAGCGCAAGAAGUCCUUCCUGCUGUGCAUCGGCUGGCUGGCGCUCACGGACCUGGUCGGGCAGCUUCUCACCACCCCGGUGGUCAUCGUCGUGUACCUGUCCAAGCAGCGUUGGGAGCAGCUCGACCCGUCGGGGCGGCUCUGCACCUUCUUCGGACUGACCAUGACUGUUUUCGGGCUCUCCUCGCUGUUCAUCGCCAGCGCCAUGGCCGUCGAGCGGGCGCUGGCCAUUAGGGCGCCGCACUGGUACGCGAGCCACAUGAAGACGCGUGCCACCCGCGCUGUGCUGCUCGGCGUGUGGCUGGCCGUGCUCGCCUUCGCCCUGCUGCCGGUGCUGGGCGUGGGCCAGUACACCGUCCAGUGGCCCGGGACGUGGUGCUUCAUCAGCACCGGGCAAGGGGGCAACGGGACUAGCUCUUCGCAUAACUGGGGCAACCUUUUCUUCGCCUCUGCCUUUGCCUUCCUGGGGCUCUUGGCGCUGACAGUUACCUUUGCCUGCAACCUGGCCACCAUUAAGGCCCUGGUGUCCCGCUGCCGGGCCAAGGCCACGGCAUCUCAGUCCAGUGCCCAGUGGGGCCGCAUAACAACCGAGACGGCCAUUCAGCUCAUGGGGAUCAUGUGCGUGCUGUCAGUCUGCUGGUCUCCACUACUGAUAAUGAUGUUGAAAAUGAUCUUCAAUCAGACAUCAGUUGAGCACUGCAAGACACAUACAGGGAAGCAGAAAGAAUGCAACUUCUUCUUAAUAGCUGUUCGCCUGGCUUCACUGAACCAGAUCUUGGAUCCUUGGGUUUACCUGCUGUUAAGAAAGAUCCUUCUUCGAAAGUUUUGCCAGAUCAGGUACCACACAAACAACUAUGCAUCCAGCUCCACCUCCUUACCCUGCCAGUGUUCCUCAACCUUGAUGUGGAGUGACCAUUUGGAAAGACAAUGAAAGAACGGAAUCGGACAUUUUAUUGCAAUUCCUGCUUCCCUGAAUUUGCGUAUUUCUUCCCACCUGAGAAGGAGAAUUAUGUAUUUUGAUUUGGAUUAUUUCUUCAUUUUUAUCUGUUUAUUUUAAUGAUUGUUUUGUCAGUAAUAUCCAUGGAGAUCAACUUUAUCCAUGCCUCCGAAUAUUAGAUUGGUUUCUUGAAUGGGAUUUUGAAUAUGCAUUUAAGAAGUUGGGAAGAAUUUCGCAGAUGAUCAUUGGAGGAAAAGUGAUGAAAAGAAAGACCUGUGUCCCACGAAUUUUCUCCAGCUUCAAACCUUUACGUGAAUCUUAACCAAAGUGGACAUCUUUACAUUUCAUGACAGCUUGAUUUCACAAUAUGAGUUUGAUAAAUCAGUAUAAGUUUACGAUGGUGAAAAGUCAACAUAUUGAGAGCAAUAUUUCAAUUAAUAGACUAUGAACUUAAUGAGAUAUAAAAGCAAAUGAGAGCAGGAGGGAAUAGUGACAAAAAUAUUUGUGCCCAAUUAUGAUUAAUGUUUUAGAGAUGUUGUGUCCUUGUGGGCUUAGCAUGGAACUAAAAGUUUCUGAGUUUCAAUUCUGGUUGUGUGUCAUUUAGUAACUCAGGAAUCUGCUUAAUUGUUAUUUCUAAGCUUUUGACGACAAAGGAGUGAUGCAGCUAAGGCCAUCCUUGAAGUGUCAUAAAAAACAAAUUUGAGAUUGGAUGAUGAGCUGCACAGUUAGAGUGAUAAAAAUUCCAGGCAUGCCUUCUGAUUCACCACGAUCAAGUCAGGAUUUCUUAGUAUUUCUUUGCUGGCAGCAUAUACAAAGGCAAAAUUAAUAAAUAACAUAGUUGUUGAAUAACAAAUUUUGUAACAUUUUUAUAAAACAAAAGAAUCUAUUUUGUCUGUAUUAAAAUAAAAA